GGAAUCUAAAAAAUUUUAAGUUAUUCAACUAUAAUUUGACGAUGAAAAUUUAAUUUUUAGUAUUUACUUGUUAUUUAUGUUUUUUGCGUUCUAAAGUAUCCACAAAAUUUUCGUUUGAUGUAAUUAUCAUUAUUAAUCGUGUGCCCUUUACUUAAAACAAUAAAUAAUGAACAAUGGUUUUUAUUGUGCCUAUCACUCUAAAAAUAAUUCGACUUGGUUUCAAGGAUAUAUCAUUACGUUGCCAAUCAACAAAACAAAGUUUAUCUACAUACUAUGAGACAUUAAACCUGAAACCAGGAUGUACAAGAAAAGAAAUACGUAACUCAUUUAUUAAACUAUCUAAAUUAAACCAUCCAGAUGUCUGUGGUCCUUCUUCUAAUGAUAGAUUUGUACGUAUCAAUGAAGCAUAUAAUGUACUAAUAGAUGAAAACAAGAAAAAAUUAUAUGAUGAAACACUAGUAUACAGUAAAAAUAACAAUCCAAUUUAUUAUCAUUACCGUGAACGUCAAAAUAGUGGAAAUUGGAAAAAUGAGUACAAUAAUCCAAGUAAUCAUUGGCUAGCAUCAAAUAUUGCUAUAGCAGGUGUCUGUGUUUCAAUACUACUUGUUGGAUCUAUAAUAAGAUAUAAUGGCGUAAAAAAAUCUGUCUUGAUGCGAAGUUUAUUGAUGGAUGAAUCUGAUGAACGUUUGUCCUUUUUAGAAGAACAAAAAUUAAUGAAAAUUGAUAAAACCAAUGAUGAGCUUAUAAAAAUAUUUGAACAAAAUGUUGCAAAAGAAUAUGGUUCUAUUGUAAAAAAAUAAUUGUAUGUUACCAUGUAUUACUUGUUUAUAGUUUAUUAUUGUUAACUCUUAUAUGUGUGUUUGAAAUAAAUUUGCUAAACAUUUGUUUAUA